AUGGCGAUUUCUGGUGACGAGCCUGACGCGUUCCACAAUCUCUUAGACGAUUUGGUAUGUCAUAUUUUAUCAUUUUUGCCAACAAAAAUGGCUUACAGAACAUGUGUUCUAUCUAAAAGAUGGGCACUGAUUUGCACCAAGAUCCUCGACUUUCACUUUAUUUUACCAAAGAUUUCAAACCCUAUUUCGUCCCGACAAAUCCAUUCUGUAUACGCAGUUUUGUUUAGACGCGAGAACCAUAUAAGAAAACUAAGGCUUGAGAGUAACCAUGGCUGCCAACCAUCUGAUGUAUACCAGUGGAUCUUAAAGGCAUCAGAUCUCAAGAUCAAAGAACUUCAUUUGGAUUUGAAUCUUGUUCAACCAACUUUCUUGCCACUCAAGCUUUCUACAUUGGAGUCACUCGUAGUCUUGAAACUGACCGGGAAUAUUCAGCCAAAAUUCAGUUAUUGUUCUGAAGUAUAUUUUCCGUCACUGAAGAUUCUUCAUCUCCGAUUUCUUGGGUUGAAUCUCUUACCUUUUCUAUCUGGUUGUCCGCGUCUUGAGGAAUUUCUCUUACACGACGUCCUCGUGAAUCCAUCCAUCAAAAUCUCUUUUCCAUUAUUGAAGAGAUUACAGCUUGUUUUGGAUAUAUCUCCUGAUGCUUCUGGAGACAAAACACUUCAAAUUAUUGUUCCAUCAUCACUUAAAGUUCUCGAUAUUGUUGAUUUUACUCCCAUCAAAUAUGAAUCUUUAGAUUUCUUCAAUGGUGAUCUAGCUGCUCUCAUUAUCAAUAAGUAUCCAGAUUUUGACAGUUUGUAUGAACUCUUGAAAGGAAUUUCUAAAGUCAAAUCAUUGUAUCUUAGUGACGAAACAAUUCUGCAGUUUCUUAGCAUGGAGGAUAAUGUUGAGAAGCUAAGUCGUCUUCCGACUUUUUCCAAUUUAUUAAAUUUAGAGGUUGAUAUAUCUGAGAAUUGCAAUUGGAAUAUGCUCCUUAGUUUUCUUCAGAAAGCUCCUAAGCUUAAGAAUCUUGUCAUUGAGAAUUGUUUUGAGAGAACAAAGGAUGCGGGUUGGGAGGUACCAUCAGAAAUUCCAACAUGUCUUACAACAAGUCUUAUUAGAUUUGAAUUUAUAGGAAUUCAAGACAUGAAAACUGAGUUGGACUUUACGCGAUAUAUCAUAAAUGAGUCAAGUAAGUUAGAGAAGGUGAAGAUUUUUCCACAAGGGAACAAAGAAAGAAUGAAAAGAAGCUUACUCAAGGGGUCAAAGAAAUCACCUGCACUAUUAUUGGUAUAA